AUGCAAACUGCCCUCGUGUGCCUGUGUCUGUGCCUGCUCAGCACGGCCCUCUCAACACCCGUGCCGCCGCCGCCGCUGCUUGGGAGAUCUGCCGGGAACUGUGUGGGACAGCACCGGAUACUGCUGAAAGGCUGCAAUGCCAAGCAUGGCUUCUAUGUUUUCAAAUAUGUCUACUCGUUUUCAACGCGGAGGAACCAGACGCAGAUAAAGAAGGAAGAGGCCGACAGCCAGAGGACCGUCCCUGGCCACCGGCUGGGCGAGGACAAUGCCAGGCAGAGGCCAACAGAGUAUGGGGUGGCCCCAGAGCAAGAUGACAAUGGCAGCACUGAUGCGAUGGAGAACGGGACCAGCCUCAAGCCCGAAAACCGCAGCGCCCCAGGCAUUGGCGAGGAUGCUCACAGUCCUCGCCAGGACACCAGCACGCGAGCACGCGGUGGUGUCGGCGUCGCAAGUCCUACUCCAGCCAGCUCGGAGGGCAGUGGCGACCUGGAUUUGGUGGUUGAAGUCAAUGGUGGUGUUUCCAUUCUCCCGCAGGGCAGACACCCCAGCGAGGCUGCGGCGGGGAACAGGUCUCGUGUCGGGAGUGAGGACAGGGAUGAUGGUGCCCCUGGGGGGGUUCCAGUCGAGGGGGUCAUGACAGCUGGGAGGGAAAGGGACCCCACCACUGGAGGGGCCAGGGAUGAGGGCAGCGGCGAGGCCACUACCCCUGGCCAAGGGCAGGAGAGUGUCAUGCGGGGCACAGGGAUGGGAGGUGCUGCUCUCAACUCCGUCACGAAGAUGGAGGACGUCCAAGUUGAUGCCGAAGGUGUGGAUGAAUACGCUUACAUCCCUGACUCCGACAGUGUCACCGUCACCCAUGGGAAAGUGGGCAGCACAGUGAGGGCCACCACCUUCACUCAGAUCUCUCCAGACAAGGACGACGAGGUCAACAUCUUCAUUGGGAGGGCCAACAUCCAUGUGGGGGAGCAAGAAACCACCCAGGCCAGUGCCACUGUUGGCA